AUGCGUAACUGGGAUGUUCGUAUUUUUGCUUUAGAUAUAUCUCGGAUUAAUAUCCGUUUUUCAACAUUUAAAAAGUUUAGUGGGGCCCUUGAGGGUUUUGACGAAAAUUUUAGCAAAAACCUUUAUGGGUUUUGACGUUUUCAGGUUCUUCAGGGUUUCGAUGAAUAGUUUAGUGGCCCCUUUAGGGUUUUGACGUUUUAAUGACCACCUUAGCGUCCUCUCCAAGUAGUCCUUGAGGAAUCGCUUAAGUGGCCACUAAAUUUAUUCCCUACAACCUGUUCUAGGCAUGGAAAAACUAAUCAAAAUCACUGGCUCAUCAUGUUUUUUAUUAGGAAAUUUUCGAUAAAAAAUUCUUUUUUUCAUUGUAGGAUACGUAUAUCAAAGAUUUUUCGACCUUUUUAGGAACGAUUGCUGAGAAAAUGUUAAGUGACCACUUAAGGGUUUUGAAGAUUUAAUGGCCUCUACAGCCGUUGAAUUAGUGGCCACCUAAGUGACUAAAGCUUGUUGGCCUGUUCAGAAGUUUGAUUGGUACUACGAGACUACAAAAAAUACUACAGUAGCCACCAAGUCGCAAAACAGAGGCUUCUAAAGAGGUGGAUCUAGUGGCUACUUAAGUGUCCUCUUCAAAUGUUCCUUAAGGGACCUCCUAAGUGGCCAGUAAAGUUUUUUUUCCUGUAAAGAAAGGCUGAUUUUCGGAAAUUGAUAUACACAAAAUUUUUAAAUUUUUUUCGGGCUUUUUUUUGGCCUGAAAUGAAGCUUUGGCUUAGAUUCCAAUGAACUUUCGAAGUUACUAUUCAAAAGAAUUCCAUCUUUCAGGAAAUCGUGGCGGAGUCGGCCUACGUUUUCACGAAUGGCCAUCCGCUUUUGGAUUUCCCGGCGCCCGGUCUCACCAAAGUCAUUCCAAUCGGAGGGCUGAACGUCCAGAAAGGCACUAAAACCAAGAAACUUAAACUUUCCGAGGUUAGAAACUGAUCAAAUGAAAGGAAAGUCAAGAUUUUAAGGAGUGGGAAAAGGUACUUUCCGCGAGAAAAUCAACGGUUCUCGUGUCCUUUGGCUCAAAUAUGAGAUCAGUAGACAUGCCUGAGGAAUACAAGUCGGUUAAAACUUCAAAGUCUCUAGUCCAAGAAGAAUUUUUCUAGGAAAGUCUUCCUCUCUGUUUUCGAAACGAUGCCAGAAACGACCUUUAUUUGGAAAUACGAAGAGGAAGGCGCCAAAAUCGCCGAUCACUUGCAAAAUGUCAAACUGAGCACUUGGGUGCCGCAAAACGAACUUUUAGGUUCAAUUUGAAACAUUUUAGGGUUCAAUAAGUUGAAAAUUUACAGCUGAUGAUCGACUAACGACUUUUAUCACUCACGGGGGCCUUGCCAGUACGAUGGAGCUCGCUUUCCUCGGAAAACCGGCGAUUAUGGUGAUUUUUGAGGCUUUCAGUGUAAUUAAAUGUAGUUUUUGAGACCUUCUAACUUUGACAAGAAUUUUUUGAAGGAUAUCAGAAAAAAACUAUAGAGAAGAGUCUCUGUUAAAAAACUUUGUUUUCUCGAAGAAUGAAGGAUAAUUUCACGUGGUUUUAUUAUUAUCAAGACGCUUAGGAAUCCCUCUCAUACGGUAUAAAAUAAGUGGCCACUAUAGGGGUAUGAGUCAUACCCCUAUAGUGGCCACUUAUUUUUUUGCUAGACAAGUUUGAUCAUUUUUAAUGAAACUCCUUAAGUAGUUACUAGAAGUUAUAUAACAUUAAACAUUGAGUUCAGAUCUCUUUAGGGACCACUACGAGUUCCAGAGACUCCUAUCCCUAUAGUGGUCACUAAUAUUUUAGAUCACUUGGUUUUUGUCCAAUAGAACUCUCAAAGUACUUACUAGCAGUUUUAUGACCUCGAAAUUUCGCUCAGAUCCCUUCAGUGACCACUUCAAUCUUCAUAAAGUCCCCUGAAGUGACCACUUCUUCGCUCUUUAGAGAUUCUUGAAGUCUAACUUUCUUUUCAAUUAAGCUUUUGAAGUAGUUACCAGAAGUUCUAUGACCUCAGAAUUUCGAUCAGGUCCCUUUAGUGACCACUUAGAUUUACGAAAAAGAUCUCUGAAGUGACCACUUCUGGGCUCUCUAGAGCUUUUUUAAAGUCUAAUUUUUCACUGGAACUUCUAAAGUGGGUACUGGCAGUUCUCUCGCCUUAGAAUUUCGCUCUUAGUCAGAUCCCCAAAGUGGUCUUUUUUACUUUGUGAGGACUUCAAUAAGAUCUUUGAAGUGGCCACUUUAUCGCUCUCUAGAGCUCUUCUAACCUCGGGUCACAUUUCUGACUGAAAUUUUGGAGUUUUCAGAUCCCAAUGUUCGCGGACCAAGGCAGGAACGCGCUAAUGUUGUCCCGACACGGUGGAGCCGUCGUCUUGGACAAAAAAGACCUGCAUGAUAGCAAGAAAAUCGCUGAUACCAUCAAGAAAGUCAUCAAUGAUGACAGGUUGAACUGAUUAAAAUGAUAAAAAGUUAUUAUUUUCAUUCAGUUAUCGAAAAGAAACGCUGAAGAACUGGCAAAGAGGCUUGAAAAAAAUACCCAUUGGACCAGAAAAAGGUCUUCGUCGAUCACGUCGAAUUUGCCGCCGAGUUAGUUUUUUUCUGUAUCUUUCUGAAGAUUUUUUUGAAAAAAAUUUUAUUGAAGCUGAACUAUCAAUUUUGUUGGAUUCAAAAUAAGCUCAACAAUUAAAAAAAUUUUUAAAAGCUUUAAAAAAAUUUCCUUUUUUUCGCUGGAGCGCACUUUCCCCCGCCAAUUCAAAUUUUUUUCACAUUUUAAAAAAAGUUAAAAUAUGUUUUUUUCCAGAUUUCGGCCGGCUACCGAACCUGGUUCCACACGGACGUCACCUCUCCCUCAUCCAGUACUAUUUGGUUGACGUCAUCGCCCUUGUGAUCACCGGACUAGUGACGUCAUUGAUAAUCUUGUUCUUUGUCUUUAGGUUCUUCGUUCGUAAAUAUUUGUGCGGAAAGCCCAAAAAAGAAAAAGCUCAAUAAUUUCCUAUUUAGUUGAAAAUAUUGCAUUUUGCUCGCAUUUAUGUACAGAUUUUUAUUUGGAAAUAAAAAUUAUUUUUGAAAAGUUGAAAGGUUUUUUUGAACUCUUGUUGAAGGCCGAUCAUUAUUGUUUGAAAAUUUGCAUUGAAAGGUUCAUCAAAAGCUGAAUUAAAAUUCAAAGGAUCAAUAAAUUUAAAGAGGUUGGUCCUGAAGCGAUAAGUGAACAAGAAGAUUACGGUAGUGUAUCUAAAUUCGAAAAGGGACUAGUCUUGAAUGCGAUACAAUUAAAAGUGCAGAUCCAAUAAAAAGUCUAUAAAAAGUCCAGAUGUGAAUUAUACAUUUAAAGGCGCAGGGCGGAGCCAGGAAAAAAGUGUUCGCUCAAGCUCCGCCCCUAACGGCUUGAAAAACCAAUCAGAGAGCGGGCCAUCCACAGAGCGUUUCCGAAUGACGUCAUUGUACUUGAUUUUCAAAAUCUGAAAAGACUAUGCGCCUUUAAAUUUUGAAUCGGUGUUCACAAAAAUAUAAGAUUUUUCGUCGCGGGACCUUUUUUUCAAAAUUCACUGAGAUUUUUGUAGCGAAAAAAUGUCCCAGUUGCCUUGUUUUUUCCUCGCCUUGCUAUCAGAAAGGGCCCCGUUUUAUGGUCAUUCCGGCCGAAUGCCCACCGCCAAGGUUGUUGUUUUCUUCUUCAUUUUCCUAUUUCAAACCUCAUUCAAUGUAAAUGCCUACAAAGUCCUUGUUUAUAACGUCCUCGCCGGUCAUAGCCAUGUCAAAUUCAUGUCGACACUUGCGGAUACUCUCACGGAAGCUGGACAUGACGUGGUGGGCUUUUUUGGGUUUUUUGUGUAGGUUUCAGCAUUGAAAACUAUGCUGAAGUGUUUAAAAACGCUUCAGAUUGCAGAACUGAUGAUAUUUUUGAAUAAUUUUCGAGUUUUUCCAGUUUUUCGGUUGAAAAUCUUCAGAUAAGCGUUGUGAAGUUUCUAAAAAAAAAGAGAGAAUAGAUAGUUUUACUGUGAAAAAACCAGUUUUUCAGCUAAUUCGGCUGUUAGUUUGAGGGAUAAUUGAAUUAGGAAGAUUUUUUACGUGAAUUUUUGCUAGAAAAAAAAAUUAGCAAUGCCCGUAAAUGGGUUUAAAACUUGAGAUUAUUUGACUUAUUUUUAAAAGUUCUUUGAAAGAGACCCUGUAUACUGAUUACAUAGAGAAUUCCGAGAAAUAUACACGUCUUUAAAUCCAUUUACGGACCGUAAACUUUCAUUCUUACCGUCUCAAAAAAGCUAGAAAGGUGUUGCUUUUUAAUAAAUUUAAUAGCUCACAAAAAAAUGAUCCUGAAUUUUUUUAAAAUUGAAAAAAGACGUUAUUGCAUGUCGAAAGUUCCGAAAAGUUCAAAACUCGUUAGAGAAAGAAAAAGAUAACUAAAUUUUGGAGAGUCAGAGACAAUUUUGAACUCGCGGAAAUUACCCUAAAUACAGAGUAUUUUUCGAAAUGACUUGAUUUGAGACUUUCAGACCGUCCUUUUCCCAGUUCUUGACCCAUCUUCGGUCAACAAAACAACUCUGAAACUGACCGAAAAGGUCCAUUUAUUUUUUUACCAGUUUGAGUUUAAGUUUUUCAGACAAUAUUCGUGCCACUGGCGGAAGAACUGAAGCCGUAUUUAAAGAAAAGAAGUGAUGAUAUGAGGGCCAUGUGGAAGGCGCCGGUUUCUUCCAUGUCCAUGUUGCAUGUUCGCUUUUUUUUUCAUAAUAUCACAGAUUUUUAAAUUUUCCUGAAAGAUAUUAUGAGCUCCUGAAAGAUUCAAAAAACCUCGCUUGAGAAUCUUUUUCGGGCAAAAAAACAUCUUAAAAAUCUUUUCAAAAAGAAAUAUUCCUUCGUCCUUUUUUCUCAAUUUUAUAACUUCUAAGGACAGUCUUACGAUGAAAAAUCAAGAAUAGGCACUAGACAUGAAACAUAAAUAGAGUAUAAGAUCCCGAGACGGCGUUUUUUGACGACCGCUCAUUUUUUUCCCGUAAAAUGUAGGGUGUCGUGUGCAUACACUGCGGCGCUCUCGCACAUGCCGUUUUCAUAUUAAUUUUCGCGAAAUUCAACACCCCGUCAUUCUUGGUUUUGCAUUUUCAUCUAUUAAUAAAAACGCCGUGCCGAAAAUGCUUGAAAAUAAUCUUUUCAUCGAAUCGGACCAUUGUUACAUUAAUAAAAUUUGAAAUUUUUUUUUCAGAACAUGAAGGUCGUAUCGAUUCGGUUCUCUACACAAUGUGUGAGUAAGUUAUUCAUUUUGUUCAAAUCAAAUGUUUUAUUUCUACACAUUGACACGAAGUACUAAAAUUUACAAAAAUUUAGGGAAAAAUGUAGGAAAAAUCGUAUCUUUCUUUUUUUAUUUAUCAUAAAUUGACUAUAUAAAUCUUUGAAGAAGUUCUCUCGGACGAAAGUUUGAUGGAGAAACUUCGCGUCGAGAAGUUCGAUAUCGGAAUCGGGGGAGCCGUAUUGUCAGUGCCCUUUUUCGUGAGUGAAUUUAUUUGAAAUAGCUUUUCUGAUCAAAUUUCGAAAGAGAAUAGAUUGAACUAUUAUAUACGAAAAUCCAAGAAAAACUUUUGAAAAUUUAAAAAUUCAACUUCACUGAGAAAUUGCCCAUGGAGCGCGUUUUCAUUCAAGUUUUCGGUUCACGAAGCCGGAAAUUCCAAGAUGUUUUUUUUUCUAUGCUCCGUUUUUACAUCAAGCUUUCGAGCUAAAUUUUCUUGCUGAAUAGCAAGAAACUCUCUAAAAAAAGACAUCACUUCUUUUUUUGGAACUUUUAGACCUCUUAUUCAUGGAAGACAGAAAAAGAAGGAUUUUUUUGAGAUUUUUUCAGUCCUAUUCGAAGCUCUGAAACUUCCAUCAUCUGUGGCCGCAUAUUCAGCUGUCGUUUUUGAUCAUGUUUCUGGGGCUAUCGGGAAACCGGCGGCGACUAGUUAUGUGCCAGGUUAAUCAGUCUUUUAAUUCUUAAUGCAAAUUCUCAUUUUUCAAAAAAAAAAAACUUGUUUGGAUCAAUAUGUAUGACGAGGUCAAAAAUAUAGAGAAAAAAAUUUUUUUCUCAGUUGUCAGGUUGUUUUUAAAAAUGUUAAACAUAACUCAUAAGGCUCAAAAAAACGGAUCUGAACUUUUUGAAAAAAAGCUUUUUAAAAAGCAAUCUUCAUUUAUUUUUAAAUUCUGUCUUUCUCACAGGACUCACCGCCAAUUACAAAGCCGAAAUGUCGCUUUUGGAACGUCUCGGGAACACUUUCCAGUAUUACCUUGGAGUUUACGUCUUUUCCACGGUUGGAGAUGAUCAAGUGCGUCUGAUAAGACAGUUCAUGCCGAAUAUGCGCGAUUGGAGGGUUAGUUCAAAAGAAAGAAAAAAGAAAAGUCAAGGAAGUUCUAGGAAAUAAUCGCUGAAUCCUCUUUCAUUUUCACUAAUUCCCAUCCCUUUCUGGACUUUCCAGGGCCAACUCUUCAGAAAAUCGUCCCGAUUGGUGGAAUAAGUGUCCGGAAGCCAGUUGGGGAGCUUGAUCAGGUUUUUUUUUCUAGUAAUUAAAUAAAAAAAUUUUUGUGGCUCUUUUUUUGAAAAGAGCUUCAGAGUGGUCCCUAUAGGGGCAACCUAGGGACCCUUGAAAGUUCCCCACUUAGGGACCACUUUAGCUCUUCCUAUAGGGGCCACUAGACUUUUCAAAAGUGACCCUUUUAGGGGACACACUAGUUGAUUACUGAUAUAAGUUCUAAGACAAGAAAAUCUGAACAAAAAUUGAGAGACCUCUUUCAGGGGACCACUUGAGCUCGAGGAGCUUAGUAGUCAGACCUUGAAGUUCUGUAAGCGCCACCAAAGUUUUGCCCUCUAGGGGGCUCUUUUUUGUUGCGUACAGGGGUCUGUUUUUCACCCCUAUAGUGACCACUAAGGUGGCUCCUAAGUAUCUAUGGAGCUUCAAAGCCUUUUUAUGAAACUAUACGAACAAUUUUUCAAUGAAGGAAUGGGAAGAGGUCCUGUCCAAACGGAAAUCUACGAUUCUCGUCUCUUUUGGUUCGAAUCUACACUCCAAAAGAUAUGCCGGACGAGUUCAAGUGAGCUCUUAAGCGGAAAUUCGUCACAAAAUAAACUUUCUUCUAAGGAAAUCCCUUCUAACAGUUUUCGAAUCGAUGCCAGAAACGACGUUCAUUUGGAAAUACGAAGAGGAAGGCGCCAAAAUCGCCGAUCACUUGCAAAAUGUCAAACUGAGCACUUGGGUGCCGCAAAACGAACUUUUAGGUUGAUUUUGAAACAUUUUGGGGUUCAAAGAGUUUUACAGCUGAUGAUCGAUUGACGACUUUUAUAACUCAUGGAGGCUUGGGCAGUUCGAUGGAGCUCGCUUUCCUCGGAAAACCGGCGAUUAUGGUGAUUUUUGAGGCUUUUAUGUUACUCAGACGCAGCUUUUAAAGUCUGGAAAGUGCGCUCUAAAGAAAUAUUCAUUUUAUCAUUUGGUUACGCCUCGAGAAGUUCAAAUGAGAAACUUUUUAAGCAUUGGAAAACUGGGAACAUUUUAGUGGCCACUUUAGAGGCUCGCCAAGGACUACUUGGAGAGAACACUAAAGUGACCACUAAACCCAUCUCUAUAGUGGCCCCUAUUUUCCAUUUUAGUGGCCACUAAAGGGGUUCUCUAUUUAGUGGCCACUUGAGUAGUUUUUCAUCCAGUAUUUCUUCCUGUAACUCUGAUUAUUUUAAAACAAACAUAUUGGAUCAGUUAUAUUGGUCCAUUGACCCCUGAAGUGGUCACUAAUUUGGCUACUAUAGUGGCCACUCAAACGUCAAAACCCUAUAGUGGCCACUGAAAAUUUUCCCAGUAUAACUAAAAAGUCGUCAGAAUUUUCCCUCUGUUAAUAGCAAAAAAAUGUUUUCCGCGCCAAGGAUUGAACUCGAGACCCUUCGAGCCAUGACCUAACACUCUACCCACUGCUCUAGGUUCAAAUUAAAUCAAUUCUCAGGUUCCAAUCUACGCGGACCAGGGUCGGAACGCCUUCAUGUUGGAAAGGCAUGGCGGAGUGAUCAUUCUAGAGAAGGAGAAUCUAGAGAAACCUGAGAAAAUUAUCGAAGCGAUUCGAAAAAUUCUAAAUGAUGAGAGGUUAUUCAGAAUAAGCUCCAAUUAAUAAAAGGUUAAUUACAGGUACUCAAAAAACGCGAAAAUCCUUUCCAAGGCCCUAGAAAAUUAUCCACUCGAUGCGAAGGACACAUUUGUGAGGCAUGUGGAAUUCGCGGCCCAGUGAGUUUGAAAAAAAUGAAAAAUUGGUCUGAAAUGAAGUUAGAGCUGAUAAAGAAGAGCGAGUGAUCAACGGCUGCCUGAAGAGACGCCAGAGAAGCUAGAGUGUCUCUUUUUCUCUGCUGUCUCUUCAGCCCAACCUUUUGCUUUUUUUUGGCUCAUAUAAGUGAAAAAUGAUGGUUAAACCAGUAACUCGAGCCAAAAAAAAAACAGUAGCGAGAGAUUCGAACGCUCCAAGAGACACCAGAGAAGCUAGAGGAUCUCUUUUUCUCUCUCGUCUCUUCAGGCCAAGCUGUUUCUUUUUUUUAGCUCAUAGAAGUAAAAAAUGAAGGUAAAACAGUAAAUAGAGCUCAAGAGCCAAAAAAAAAAGCUGAGGAGAGAGAUUCUAGCGACGGAAGAGACUCCAGAGAAGCUAGAGUGUCUCUUUUUCUCUGUUGUCUCUUCAUAAGCCCGUGAUCUCUCGUUGUUCUUCCCUUUACGGAAAAACCAAGCGUAAGAGGCAAAAAAUCUGAAGCGAGAGAGUAGAGGUGGCUGAAGAGACGCCAGAGAAGCUAGAGCGUCUCUUUUUCUCUGCUGUCUCUUCAUGUUCUUUUACUCUCUCGUUCUCGUUUUUUUGAUUUUUUGUUUGUGUUGAAAUUGAAAAAUCAAUAUCUUUCGUGAAACUAGACUCUUUUCAGAUUUGGCCGACUUCCAUCUAUGGAUCCCUACGGCCGGAAACUCUCCACUUUUCAGUACUAUCUCGUCGACGUCAUCUUCUUCAUCAUUUUCGUUUCAAUAUCCUUAUCAUUCCUAGUUUACCUCACAAUUAGAUGGGUAUAUCAGAAUCUAAAGGCAAAAAAAUCACUCAAAAUCGAAAAAAAGGAAAGAUAAAGUAAUAUUUACAUUUUUAUUUCGUUACAAGAUGCUCUACGAGAUCUCUUCUAGAUCAAAAUCGAUUUAUCAAUUGAUUACAAAGAAAAAAUAUGUAUGCUAACACAGGGUGAAGGAGAAUGGAAAUCAAGGAAGGAGGGAAAAAAAUGGAACAACCGAAAACGUUUUGAUAAGUGAAAUAUACCGAAGAUAAGUCUCUCGAAACCAAAAAAUGCAUUUUUUGGGGAAAAUUUUGGUAAAAUGGCACUUAUUGGAUUAAAAAAAACACACAUCAAACAGAAGGAAAAUGGAAAUAUUAAAGCAGAUGGAUGGGUCAAACGAACAAUCUAUACAUAUUACAUGGAAUCGUCGAGAGUAUCAUGCCAUUGAAGAUUAAAAGGGAGAAAUAUCCGACCCGUUUGGGGAAAAUUAGGAAGAAAAUCGAACAAAAAAGACUUUUCACAUUAAAAAGGAAAAAAAGAGAACCGGAAUCGAAGGAAUUAAGGAAGAAGGGGCAAAGGAAGAUCAAGAACCUCGAAUAUUGCAGAGAAUCGAAUAA